CUAUGAUUGAAUACAAUUGAGGAUAAAGAACACUAUUCUUAAUAAUACCAGAAAUUGAUCACUUUUCAUUGAUGUUGUUUCCUAGACGACGAAACUCCGCGAAAUGGCAACAAACGAUAUACUUGACUGCGAUAUUCAAGUUAAUCGUAGUUUCACUUCAUAUCAUUCCAAUAUACUCUCUUAAAGUAUUCCACUAUUUUCUUCUUCGAAAGUUUCGUUCUUAACACACGCGUAAUUUAUUGAAGCUUGAAAAUUUGAGAAAUAUGGCCGUUGCAAAACAAUCAGUUUCAGAUCGUGAAGUUAUCGUGCCACCGAGUUUGCCGUUAAUUUUAAAGGAAUUUUGUAAGGCGGCUAUUCGAACGCAACCGUACGAUCUACUUCGAUGGUCCACUUCGUAUUUUCAAGCGUUAGCCGAUGGAGAAGAACCACCGACGAAGUUAAGAUUGGAGUAUCCACCACCGAACACCGCUUCCGGUUUGACUCUCGGUUUCUUAAGAAUUUUACUUCGACAAUUCGGAGAUUAUAAUAAAUCUUUAUCUGUGGAAACGAUUCUAAGGCGAUGGGAUUGUUUGUGCUUGGAUCGUCGGGAUCUAAAUUUAAUUUUGAUGAUCGGGAAAUUUCGACGAAAAUGCCAAGUGAAAAAAUUCCUAGCCAUUGCUGUUGGACUUUUAGGUUCCAGCCUUUGUGAAACAAUGAUUAUGAUUUGUGAGUUGUUCACUCAUGAACCUGAAGGUGGAUCUGCUAUGGUACCAGUCACAUUCUUCCUGGAGAUAUAUGGAUAUCUAGCCGGACUUUGUUGUGACGGAAGUGAAAGAAAUUCUAGCGAUGAGGAUCCAACAGAAUUUAUUAUGUGCGAUUCUGAAUAUUCGGGACAUCAGGAAUUAAAUCCAGAACAAUUUUUUAUAGAUCGUUCAGUUACGAGUCAAGAUACGAGUCAAGACACGGAAGCUGACAUUAAUUUAGAUUUAGAAUUAGUAUCAAGAAAGGAUACAAAUUCUUCAGAAAUAUUUUUUGAAUCAGCUGAUACGACGCCGCAAUCAAGCGAGAGUUACGUUGGUCAAAAGAAAAUGAUUGAAGAUGAGGGGAAGCAAAAUUUUUCUAACAAAGAAACUUCAAAAAUGAAAUCUAACGAGAUUUCCAUUAUCGAUGUCGAAUCAAACAAAAGGUCGAGAUCUAUCGACGAACAAAAUUUGAAAGGCGAAAAUACAUCUGCAAAAAGUAGAAGUAGUAGUACCUCAGGAGAAAGUUUUAGUGAGAAACAGAACAUGCAAAGUACGAAAGAUAGAGUUGAAAGAUGCAGGAAAAGGAAGACUAUAGAUCCAAAAUUACUCAAGUAUUAUCCGAAUGUUCCUGGUAUUGGACCUCGUCUAUCAGCUGAAGAGGUAGCUAGUGUUGCAAUAUGGUUGAGUGAAUGCGCAAGAGUACAGGAAGGUAUGGUUGGCCCGCGAAAUCUUCGACAUAUGAAUUGUCCUCCUUUAGAUAGACAAGAGAUAUCAGGGUCUUGACAAAACGCCAUAUAAACUUCAUACAUACGUAAUGCAAUAUUUAAUUUAUAAAAAUUUAUUAAACAUACAAUACAGUAGCAAAUACGAAUAAUUACAAAAAUUAAAAAAUAGCAUUACUUAAAAAGUUUUAGACGUCUUUUUUUUGUGUCUUAAUUUUAAAAUUUUAUGUGUUCAUUUUUUAUCAAUUAAUAUUAAAUGUAAGAAAAAUAGUUACAAGUAAAAAUAGAAUAGAAGUAAGAAAAAUAGUUACAAGUAGUAAAAUAAACAAACAGAAAAUUACAUAACCAAUAAAUUAUAGCAAUAUUUAUUCACACUUGUUUCACAUUAUUUUACAAAAUAU